AUGGCAUCACGCGUGGCAAAGACCGCCCUUGGGGCCGCACGUCUCCGACCAACCGCUACGGUUCGGGCUCUUCCAACUCUGGCCAGCACCGCCCGAUACAACUCCAGCGUCCCCGCUGAGGAGCCAAAGAAGAAGGCCCAGUCGAUCCUCGAUUCUCUUCCAGGCAACUCCCUGGUCUCCAAGGCCGCCAUCCUCUCCUCCGGAGCCGGCGCGUCCAUCUUCGCUCUCAGCAACGAGUACUAUGUCGUCAACGAGGAGUCCGUCGUCGGUUUCUCGCUCCUCGCCAUCUUCUUCGCUGUUGGCAAGUACCUUGGACCAGCAUACUCCGGAUGGGCCGAGGGACAGAUAAGCAAGAUCCGUGACAUCUUGAACUCUGCUCGCACCGACCACACUGAGGCCGUCAACGCCCGCAUCCAGAACGUCAAGCAGAUGGGCGGUGUCGUCGACAUCACCAAGUCUCUUUUCGAGGUCUCCAAGGAGACUGCCCAGGUCGAGGCCAAGGUUUUCGAGCUCGAGCAAACCACUGCCCUUGCCGCUGAGGCCAAGAGCGUCCUCGACUCGUGGGUGCGUUACGAGGGACAGGUCAAGCAGCGCCAACAGCAGGAGCUUGCGCAGUCCAUCAUUGCCAAGAUCCAGAGGGAGCUCGAGAACCCAAAGACCCUUCAAAACAUCCUCCAGCAGAGCGUCAUUGACGUUGAGAGAAUUGUUGCCCAAAAGGCUUAG